AUGCAGUCACAUCAAUGGCUCUGCCAUCUGUUCGUCGUCGCGCUUCUCCGCGUCUUCCGCCUCCAAUCCUCCUUUCCCUCUCAUUCCCUCUCCUCCUUUCCCUCUCAGCCCCUCUCCUCCUUUCCCUCUCAGCCCCUCUCCUCCUUUCCCUCUCAGCCCCCCUCUCAGCCCCUCUCCUCCUUUCCAUCUCAGUCCCUCUCCUCCUUUCCCUCUCAGCCCCUCUUCCCUUUCCCUCUCAGCCCCUCUCCUCCUUUCCCUCUCAGCCCCUCUUCCCUUUCCCUCUCAGCCCCUCUCCUCCUUUCCCUCUCAGCCCCUCUCCUCCUUUCCCUCUCAGCCCCUCUUCCCUUUCCCUCUCAGCCCCUCUCCUCCUUUCCCUCUCAGCUCCUCUCCACUUUUCCCUCUUCUCACGCUGCUUCCCCGCUUCGUCCCCCACUCCCCUUGUCAUUCCUUCCGUUUCCCCCAUGCCCAUUUCCCUCCAUUUACCCCAUUGUCUUACUCACUGUUUCAUCCGUGCCCGAAUCUUCCCUUCCCGUCACCAUGCUUACCCUCCCAUCCUCCCUCUCUGUUGUCCUUGCUUCUGCUGCAUCCCUACCCUCUUCAAUUUUACACCCUACACCCUUUCCUCCUCUGUCCUCCCUCUCCUCACUGCUUUUCUCCUCCCAUCCCUCUCCCUCUCUCCUUCCGUCUCUCUCCGACGCAUAUCGCCCAUCCCCAUGCUUUCCAGGAAUCCCCACAUUCCGCCCAAUGUCCGACGUCUAUCCUCACAUUCCUCUUCGCCUCCCUCAUCCCAUCCCUCACCACUUCCCUCCCUCCUCCAAUCCCUCUCCAUUUCCCUCCCUCCUCUCAUGCCGUCAAACACUCAUUCCAUCACAUACUUAUUCUGUCAAACAUUCGUAUGCCCUGUUUCUCCCUCUGUUUCCCCUUGUCCUUCCCUCCGUUUCCCCCUUUUCCCUCCCUCCCUUCCCCCUUGUCCUUCCCUCCGUUUCCCCCCUUGUCCCUCCCUCCCUCCCCCCUUGUCCUUCCCUCUGCCCUCCACCCCUUCCCUCCCUCCCUCCCUCCCUCCUCCCGUGCCUCCCCGCCCGUCUCCGCCUCACAGCUCCGUCUUCUCUCGAUUCCCAUCCCUCCUUUCUCCGCCUACGUCCUCCCAUCACUCACUCACUUGCUAAAUUCAUUUGCCGCUCGACACCUCGUCGCCCACGCGCUGCUCCCACUGCGCCCCACGCUGCUUCCCCACAUUCCCUCCCACUUCCCUUGUCUACUCCCGCCGCGCAGUACGAGCACGAUGGUCGCAACGCGCAUUCCCUAGGUUCGCAGUGCAGCCACUUAGCCGAACCUUCCUCAUACGACUCAGAAUUGCGACCCCGGUUUGACGAGUCCGGAAACGCCAGCUCAGCGUCCUCCUGCGUUCUCCCCUUCCCUACCGGCCGUCUCGAGGAUUAUUUUGUUCUGGAUCCUCACGUGUUAGGCUCUGGCCAGUUCGGCACCGUUCGCCGCUGCACGGAGCGCGUCACAGGCUCGCGCUUCGCCUGCAAGACCCUACUAAAGGACGGGCUUAAGAGCGAGGCGGAGCGUGACGAGAUACGGAAGGAAAUUAGUUUGAUGCAACGGGUUGCAGUGGGCGGCGCGCACGCAGGGGUCGUGCAGCUGCGCGCCGUUUUUGAGGACGACGUCGCAGUGCACCUCGUGAUGGAGCUCUGCGAAGGCGGCGAGUUGUUCGACGAAGCUGUGCGACGCGGGCAAUUCCACGAGCGCGACGCCGCGAGCGUUUUCGCGCAGAUCGCAGGAGCCGUCGCACACUGCCAUGCCCGCGGCGUUCUCCACCGCGACCUGAAACCCGAAAACAUCCUGCUUGUGCGGGACCCAUCUGUACCGCUUUGCGCCGCACCCCUGAUUACAAAAGUCGCAGACUUUGGCCUCGGCGUCGCGCUUGAGGCAGGCGAACGCACGAAAGGAGUCGCAGGGUCGCCGUUUUACAUCGCACCUGAGGUCCUCACAGGCGAUUACUCUCUAGGAGCCGACGUGUGGUCGCUCGGUGUCAUUCUCUACAUUCUCCUCAGCGGCGUUCCGCCUUUCUGGGGAGCUACGGAUAAGGACGUUUUCGUGGAGGUGCUUCGCGGUGUGGUUGAUAUGAGCGGUGCGGAGUGGGAGGGAGUGUCGGAAGAGGCGAAGCACCUCGUGCGGUGCCUGCUUCAAAAGGACGCUGCGAGAAGGCCGUCAGCUGCCGCUAUCCUCUCCCACCGUUGGAUUCUGCGCGCGUGCCGCGUCAGCAGCGCGGGUGCUCGCCAGCUGGCCCCUGUUACGGCAUCAGAAGCAGCGGACACUAUUAUGGCGUAA